AUGUUCUCCAAAGUAUUGUCCUUAAGCGCUGUCUUGGCGGUUGCGGCAGCAGGCCUUAUCGCUGAACCUCACUACUCCUCCGCUGCCGCAGUUUCUUCUCAAAGUAUCGUUCGUCACGACCAACCUCAUGCUGUAGCUGCCGCUCCAGUUGCCAUUCACUCUGCUCCUAUUGCCUACCAAGCCGCACCAGUACACUAUUCAUCUGCCGGAGCUGUAUCUUCUCAGUCAAUCCAACGUCAUGACCAGCAGCGUGCUGCUAUUGCUGUUGCACCAGUAGCCCACUACGCCGCUGCUCCAGUUGCUCACUACGCAGCUGCUCCAGUUGCCUACCACGCACCACCAGUACACUACUCAUCUGCCGGAGCUGUAUCUUCUCAGUCAAUCCAACGUCAUGACCAGCAGCGUGCUGCUAUUGCUGUUGCACCAGUAGCCCACUACGCCGCUGCUCCAGUUGCUCACUACGCAGCUGCUCCAGUUGCUCGUUACGCAGCUGCCCCUGUCGCCCACUACUCUGCCCCUAUUGCACAUGCUGCAUAUGCUGCCCACGAAGAAGUCGACUCUCACCCUCAAUACGACUUCUCUUACUCCGUACACGACGGACACACCGGUGACAACAAGUCACAGCACGAGAGCCGCGACGGUGACGCAGUGCACGGCGAGUACUCCUUGGUAGAGGCUGACGGAUCUGUACGUACCGUUCAAUACAGCGCUGAUGAUCACUCUGGCUUCAACGCCGUCGUCAGCCACUCCGCUCCAUCAGCUCACGUUGUACCAGCACAAGCUCACGUUAUCGUUCGUCACGAUCAACCUCAUGCUGUAGCUGCCGCUCCAGUUGCAAUCCACGCUGCUCCUGUUGCCAUUCACUCUGCUCCUGUUGCCUACCACACAGCACCAGUACACUAUUCAUCUGCCGGAGCUGUAUCUUCUCAGUCAAUCCAACGUCAUGACCAGCAACGUGCUGCUAUUGCUGUUGCACCCGUAGCCCACUACGCCGCUGCUCCAGUUGCUCACUACGCAGCUGCCCCUGUUGCUCAUUACGCAGCUGCCCCUGUCGCCCACUACUCUGCCCCUAUUGCACAUGCUGCAUAUGCUGCUCACGAAGAAAUCGACUCUCACCCUCAAUACGACUUCUCUUACUCCGUACACGACGGGCACACCGGUGACAACAAGUCACAGCACGAGAGCCGCGACGGUGACGCAGUGCACGGCGAGUACUCCUUGGUAGAGGCUGACGGAUCUGUACGUACCGUUCAAUACAGCGCUGAUGAUCACUCUGGCUUCAACGCCGUCGUCAGCCACUCCGCUCCAUCAGCUCACGUUGUACCAGCACCAACGCACGUACUAGCACACCAUUAA